AUGGCUUCCUCUUCUUCAAGGGCUUUGGUCAGAGCACUCACUGUUAUCGGCAAGGUCUCAAAGGAGGAAAUCAUGAAGAAGAAUUCGGAAGGUGAACAAUGGCUGCGUGCCAUUGACACGGCAUCCCAGACGGUCCAGGAAUAUAGAGUCAUCUCGGGUCAUAUUCAUCUGAACGGCGAGAUCGACCUCAGCGCCCCAGCGAAGAUGAGAGACAAGAAAAGCUCUGACAAGUCGAGCGGCUCUGGAAAAUCCGGUAGCUCGUCGCACAAGUGGCAGCCGUCGAGGGAUCAAGUCAACGUGCAGACCUGGAAAAUCUGGGAUAUGGACAAACAGAAAGAGCGCGAUGUGACAAGUGACGGGCAAGAUUAUUAUGUCGUGAUUGGUAAGAAAACGAUUCGCUUUUGA